AGAUCCCUGCGCACGCGCACUCUCGAGCCAUGACAAUUGUUGAUAAUCAACUGGAGUUAUUUUUUGCUAUAGAGUAAAAUAAUUUCAAGCCAGGCCCUUUCCCUCCGGGGGGCUGUCGGAUCAUACCACAACAAACGUAAGAUACCGACUUGCAUGAAGGGCUAAUGGAAAACCCAAGGGAUAUGGCUGAGCACACUCCCCGCUCAGAGCGGAAGAGGAGAGAUUCGUUCGGGAUGUUUGACGGGUAUGACAGCUGCAGUGAAGACAGCAGUAGCAGCUCCAGCUCGGAGGACAGUGAAGAUGAAGUUCCCAGCAUCCCUGCCAGUUUGCCUAUCAUCAAAAACAAUGGCCAGGUGUACACCUAUCCUGACGGGAAAGCAGGAAUGGCAACCUGUGAGAUGUGUGGUAUGGUUGGUGUACGAGAUGCUUUCUAUUCUAAAACGAAGAGAUUCUGCAGCGUGUCCUGUUCCAGAAGCUAUUCCUCCAAUUCUAAAAAGGCCAGUAUACUGGCAAGACUUCAGGGUAAACCACCAACGAAAAAGGCAAAAGUCUUACAGAAACAGCCGUUAAUGGCAAAGUUGGCAGCUUAUGCACAGUAUCAAGCAAGUCAACAGAACCAAGCUAAAUCAAAAUCAGUGGUUCCUGUUGAAGGCUUUGACUGGGGCCAGUACAUUUGUAGCAAUAAUUUAGUUGGGGCACCAGUCAGCUGUUUCAAACAUGUGCCCAUGGGUAUGUGCUGGGGUGACAUAGCUGAGGGGCUGAGGGUGGAGGUCUUCAAUUCUGACACAAACCUCUCCACAAAAGUUUACUGGGUAGCAGAGAUUGUCAAACUGGCAGGUUUUAAAGCUCUUCUGCGCUAUGAGGGUUUUGAUAACGACUCGAGCAGAGAUUUCUGGUGUAAUCUGUGCAUCCCAGAAAUCCACCCUGUUGGAUGGUGUGCUUCUAGUGGAAAGCCACUGGUGCCUCCUAAAUCCAUCCAGCAUAAGUAUUCUAACUGGAAAGCAUUUCUUGUGAAAAGACUCACUGGAGCCAAAACUCUUCCGCCAGAGUUUGCCACAAAGGUUCAGGAGAACAUGCAGUACCCGUUUAAGAAACUGAUGCGUGUGGAAGUGGUGGACAAGACGCACCUGUGCCGCACUCGUGUGGCUCUUGUGGAACAAGUGAUCGGUGGCCGGUUACGCCUGGUGUACGAGGAGAGCCAGGACGGCACUGAUGACUUCUGGUGUCACAUGUUAAGCCCACUCAUCCAUUCCAUUGGCUGGUCACGAAGCAUUGGACAUCGCUUCAAAAGAUCCGAGGUGUCGAAGAAGAUUGAGGGUCAGAUGGAUGCUCCCUCACAGCUGUUUCUUAAGAUUAAAGAUGUGGAUCAGAAUGGGGAUUGGUUUAAAGACGGAAUGAAGCUGGAAGCAAUAGACCCUCUAAAUCUCUCCGCUAUAUGUGUUGCUACUGUAAGAAAGGUUUUGGCAGACGGGUACCUAAUGAUCGGGAUUGAUGGUUCCGAGGCGGCUGAUGGCUCAGACUGGUUCUGCUACCACUCCACCUCUCCCUCCAUCUUCCCAGUCGGCUUCUGUGAAAUCAACAGCAUUGAGCUCACACCCCCAAGAGGGUGCACCAAACUCCCUUUUAAAUGGUUUGACUACCUCAGAGAAAUAGGUUCGAUUGCAGCCCCUGUGAAGCUCUUUAACAAAGAUGUGCCGAAUCAUGGAUUCCGCGUAGGCAUGAAGCUGGAGGCAGUGGACUUGAUGGAGCCGCGUUUGGUGUGUGUCGCCACAGUGACCAGGAUUGUCCACAGACUCCUGCGCAUUCACUUUGACGGCUGGGAGGAUGAGUAUGAUCAGUGGGUGGACUGCGAGUCUCCAGAUCUCUACCCCAUAGGCUGGUGCCAACUGACCGGCUAUCAGCUGCAGCCGCCUGCCGCACAGACCACAAGAGAAGCACCGCCAAAUGUCUCGAAACAGAAAAAGAAGGCAGCACAGUAUAAAGGACAAAAAAAAAAGGCCUCGCUGCAGGUGAAAGAAGAGACUCCUGAGAUCGACGAGUUCACCUUCUCUCAAGGCAUCUCGGACCAGGAGAGCAACGGCUCGGGCAGUUAUUACAUCAGACAGGAGCCAUGAGCCGAUGCAGCCAAUCACAGACUCUCACCUCACUGCCAACAGCACUGGAAAAAACCCCACACGCAGAGAUGCACAGCAGACCUGGAGGAAGAAGAAGAGACUUCCCUCCAAAACCAGGUCUUUCUCCUUUCCUUUUAUGGUUCCUUUUCAGGUUUCAGGAGAAGAACUUCAGUCAUUGAUGCGAGAUAGAAAAGGGGGGAUUUUGGUUCAUAUAAUAAGGAUAGCGUUGAUUAUCCUGACUUUUUUCUUUAUUCUUUAUUUUUUGUUCUCAUUUAAACAAUUUGCCCGAUGGACUUUUCCUCCUCAGUGUUCAUUGUACUUGAAAGUUUUCUUCGCUUUUAUACAUAUUUUAUCUCUUAUUUUUCCUCUUUUGGUGAAGAAAAACAAAAAAGACGACAAACAUUUUUGGUAUUUUUGGGGGUGGACAUUUCAGUACCUUGUGUGUUCUUGCGCUGUUUCACUUGUUUUGGAUGGGUGUGCGUUUGGUAAUAGUAGAAAUCUAUAUUGAGACAGUAUAUUCAUAUAUAUAUGUAUGACAUUCAUAUUAAACAUAUUUAAACGUAUAAAUAUAGUAGUGGAUUGAGGGAUGAUGGUAUUGAAAUCAAACCUUACUGGUAUGUAGAGUAGACUAACGGAAAACACUCACAAUUUGCACUACAGGGAUUUCAAACGAAAUGUAAAACCAGUAAACAAACAAACCGCAGCUUUAUUGUGAUGUGAUUAGCAAGCGUAACUUUAGCGGUGGGAUGUGCUCAAGUCAAAGUGAAGAUUACGAUAUGCAAAUUGUUUAGUUUUUCGACAUUUGACGCCAGUGUUUAUAGGUUUUGAUUACAAUCUCAAGAGCCAUUUUUUAAAAUACAGGCGGUCAAAGUGUUUUUGAGCCAGAGAAUAAAACGUAAGCAAUCACCGCUGCCUGAACACUACCUUUCGCGAGUCUCCGAUCAAUCAAUCCAGCGCUAGCUCAUUUACUAGCCUGGCCUCUAACAUCCCAUCCCAUACAUUUCCUGAUUCCAUUCCACAUUUUGACUACCUCUAAAAGAAGAUGCGUUGCAAUAGGUAGUUCUUUCAUGCUUAUAAUCCGUAUAAGCAAGCGUGUACACCAUUAUAUUUUAUGCAAGAGAUAAAUAUUCACACUUGGACAUGUGACAUACUUCACUUUUAAAAGUCUAUACAGCAUUUCUGUUUUCGAGCAUGGGAAGGAAAAGAAGAAGGUUAUGCAAUAAUAAUAUUUGUGUUGUUUUACGAUGUCUUACUCUGAAAUCCAGAAAUCACACAGCUCCUAUAUAUAUAUAGAGAGAGAGACUUAAAAGGAAAGAUAUUGAGAAACUGUGACAAUUUUCUAAGAGCUAGACUUGAGCUUUCCCUGUUCUAGAUCCUUCUGAGUGUAAAUACAUCCUCUAUAUCACAUUCGCAUAGUGGUUUAUCUUAGUAGAACUAUAAGCUCUGUUCAAUACCAGUAAGGUUGUUGGUGAACUCUCAGGAAACGUAUAUAUCUCAUUUAAUUCUGCUUUAUUUGAAGGUUCACGGCUAAAGCGCUACUAAAAUCAUUCGAUUCGAUCGCCGUUUCGUUCGUUGAAUUAAAAAGAACAACUUCUUGCUCGCGUUUGUUAAAUGCUGCCUCGAUUUUUGUAAAUGGUCAUCCACGUCGUAGGUAGAUCCAUGUUAAAUUAUGGUUCGUUCGUUGUAUAAAACAAAUUCAAUGUAUUUUUUUACCGUUUGUUUUUCUCUCUCUUAUUCUUUAUGAGUUUUAGCGGAUGUUUGUACUGAAUCAUUCUGUUUUUUUAUGUUGUUGUUGUUCGUGGUGGGUUUCUUCAGUAGCUGUUGUGUCGUUUGCAUGUGUAGUUUUUCAAAUGUAAGGCACUGUCGUGUGUUCAUGUCAAACUGGGACUUAAUGGCCACAUUUUCCCAUCAGCUGCAGGAGCCACGUUCAUUUAUUUUUAUUUUUUCCAUCAUUUUUUAUUUUGUUAUAAACCCAAACUCAUAGCAUCAGGAUUUAGGUACACACUGGUCAUGUCAGUCAUGUCAGCUCAGUUUAAUUUCUUGAAUAUAUAUAUAUAUAUACACAAACAUUAUAAGACCAAAAUAUUAAUUGUUUCUGCAAUUUAAACGAAAAUAAAACGACUGUUGAGGCAAAUUUAGCUGCUACCCUUGAAAGAAUUUCAACGCACAACUUCACCUUCAUCCUUUUGUCAGCAGAAUUGAUGCCUUAUCCUCUCUGUGUUGUUUUUUUUCAAGCUAUGGGAGUACAAAAAUAUACGUUAAAAAACAAAAAUAUGUCGUCCAGUAGAGUUCUUAUCAGUGCAUGCAGCAAUGUGAGAUGAAUCUUAUGAGGGCCAGUUGUUGUUCUGGUCUGGAUACUAACACGGGUUUUUGUGACGUUUCCCCUCUGUCCUCAGUAAUCACAUCAUGGUGCUAUAUUCAUAUAUAUAUAUAUUUGAUAACUCAUUGGUUAGGUCUAUCAUAGGAGAAAUAAGUCUGUAAUUAUAAGUUGGAGAGCCGCUGAUUAUAUCUUCAGAUCUGUAUUUUUGGAUACAAAUAGCCGAAAUCAUUUGUUAUAACAAUGUAAAGUGAAAUUAAUGAAAUAAAACAAAAAAAAGAACUAACGUUGACCCUCGUUGUAUGAAGAGGUGAGGGUGGUGGAUUUGUAACUUUUUUGAUAGAGUCUGUAUCUGGUCUUUGCUUUAUUUCUUAUGACGAAGAUGAUUAUGAUGAUGACGUGUGCUGUGAUUAUAGGGUUUGAUAGAGCUUAUAUGUAUAUACUUCAAACUGUGGGGGGGGAGCUUUUGUUGGUCAAAUUUUAUGUUAAUUUGUUUACAAGCAUUUCAAACUGUUUCCGCAUGGCUGUGAAAAAUGUAUCUGUUGAGUUUGGGGGAAAAAAAAAAGAAAUUUUUACACUGAAUUAAAAGGUUACUAAACGUU